AUGUUGACAGCUAUGUUCUUGGCUGCUCUCAUUCUUAUUACAGUACAUUCGCAGGAAACUGAGGAAACCAUAACAUACACGCAAUGCACAGAUGGCUAUGAAUGGGAUCCUAUUAGGCAACGGUGCAAAGAUAUUGAUGAAUGUGAAAUAGUCCCAGAUGCAUGUAAAGGUGGGAUGAAAUGUGUUAACCACUAUGGAGGAUACCUCUGUCUACCCAGAACAGCACAAAUUAUUGUAAAUGAGCGAGAAGAAGCAGCAGCUGAAUCCACUAGUGGUCGAAACAACGUCAUUCGACGGACUCCAGCUGAUCCUCACCGUGCCCCUCCAAACCCAACUCAUCAAAUCCAGUGUGCAGCUGGGUAUGAGCAAAGUGAUCACAAUGUGUGCCAAGAUAUAGAUGAAUGUGCGACUGGAACCCAUAAUUGUAGAGCUGACCAAGUAUGUGUCAAUUUAAGAGGGUCCUUCAGCUGCCAGUGUCCUCCAGGCUAUCAGAAACGAGGGGAACAAUGUGUUGACAUCGACGAAUGCACCCUGCCUCCGUAUUGCCACCACCGAUGCGUGAAUACUCCUGGUUCCUAUUAUUGCCAGUGCAAUGCCGGUUUCCAGUUAGCAUCCAACAACCACACCUGUGUAG